CGGCACUGAAACGAAAGCAAGGUAGUGCUCCUAGCGCUGCUCUGCUUUGGAACUUGGCGUCUCAGGCUCAAUCAAGGCUGUUCAGAAAGCGGUCCACCGGCGACCACCAACACCACGACGCCAUUCACGACCACCGACAUCGCUGCCCACCUCGCCCCCACCGCCCACAGCCGCUUCUGGGCGCGCGCACCCAGUUGACACACAUCACGUGGACCAUCUCGCGACGCCAUAUCGAGGCUUGAAGGGGGAGAUAGGGCCUCUGUGGGCCUAAGGGACCGCACCGUGCGAUGCAGCGACGCAAUAGCCACGAGAGCACGCUCUCGCACCGAGAGAGCGUGCACGAUGUCUUCGACGACGAGUAUGAAAUCGACUUCGACGAGAACGACUUUAUGGUCUCGGACGGCCUCGGCUUCCGCCAGACACACGCCAAUGCCGAGGAGCCGCGAACUGGCCUCCCGCAGGAUAGCGACCGUGACCGCGACCGCGACAGCGCGCCGCAGCGGCAGUACUCGACGUCAAAGGCGCCAGGCAGCGACCUGCGACGCACUGCCACGAGGAAUAGCACCGCCAAGGUGCGCAAUUCCCUGGUGCAGGAUGGCCGUCCUGCCGGUCUGAGCAAUCGGCCGCCCGUCACCCAGUCACCGCUGCACCAUCGCGAUUCUGUCAGCUCGACAGCCUCCUUCGCGACCACCAGCAUGUCAGAGAAUCCCUUCGAGACCGGACCCAGCCACCCCUACGGCAUGUACCCUCAGCACACCAUGGACCGCUCGAGCAGCAUAGCAUCGGCUUCCACGGGGAGACCGGACCGGCCAAUGUCCGUUCAGCGCCCAGCGCACCCAUAUGCCAUGUACUCGCAGAGCGGCUUGGACGAUGAGACGCCGGACCGGCCUAUGCACGCCGACCAGCCCGCCGUUCCUCCGAUCCAGACAGCUAUGCCUGUGGGCUUCCCAGGGUUAAGUAAUGGCUACCACCGAGUCCUAGGACCAGACGGCGAAGAGCAAGAUAUUAUUGGGCCAGAUGGUCAUACCGAGCAGCUACCACCCUACUCCCGAUAUCCAGAUGAAGGCCCUACGAAGGCUUCCAUGGCUGCCGAGGCGAGCGCAUCGCGUGUCGUUCCCGCGCCAUUGAACGUUGCCAUGGAAGUUGAGGAUCCCUUCAGUGCGCCAGCAUCGCCAGUAUCGCCGGCCAGCGAAGCGUCAUUUUCAUUGCAUGCCCUGCCGGCCGCCGCCGCCGCCGAACCGUUACUACCUGUCAUUACACCCGCUCGUCUCCCACCCCAGAGACCAGAGACCCAGACAGGCAACUUGGCUCCCAUCUCCUCGGCCAAUACUAUUCCGGCUGCACCAUCUGAUUCGUCUUCGGCUUCUCUAUUGACAGCCGAGUCCGGCGAGUUCAACGAGAAAUACAACGAGAAAGGGGAGCCCGUGUCCAAAAAGAUCAGUUGGCGUAAGAAGAGGUUAUUUGGAAAGGUCCCAAUGGGGGUUGUCGUCAUAAUUCUUGUGCUGUUGCUCAUCUUUGCUGUUGCUCUCGGGGCCGCAAUUGGAACUUUCGCUGCAAAGAAGCAGAACAAUAAUGACGACGACAAUGAUAAGGGGCAUGGUAAGCCGGAAGGGUCACCGCUUCCUCAGGUCACGGGACCAAGUGGCUCUCUCUUUGGUGCCACACCUAUUUCAACGCCUGCUGGAUUUGCAUCACUUCCAACCGGCGCAUUCUCGCUUCCACUCGGAUUUCCACAAGAAGCUAAUCCAGGCUGCCUUGUACAGGCCAAUGAGUACUCAGCGUGGUCUUGCAAGAUGACUUUUGCGCCGGUUAUCCUCACUAUCAACAGCACAGGCAUUGACUCCAAUGGGAACACACAGCAAAGGGCCUCCACACGAGGAGGUGCCUCGCUCGAUGGCGUCAUACAGUACGGGGCACAAACACCACAGCUCGAUCUUCAAGCCAUGGAUCUCGUACUGGAUCUUGACUACAAGAGCUACGGUCCAGCUUACCAUUUUCACACCAGAUAUGAUAAGGUUGUCAUAUUGAGGCCCGAAGAGCUCACCGCUGGUUCAGCGUUGAAGAAGCGACAAAUUGGCGACAACAUGUCUUCACGUCAAAGAUUCACCGUUCAGCCUGGAGACUAUCCCUGGUAUUGCUACUGGAACAACACUUACAUCGAAGGCUACAUCUACGCUGAAGACAACUCUACGGCUGCGACUUUUACCGCCCUGCCCACAAUGUGGCCCACGAACUCCCCUACCUCCACAGUCACGGACGUCGCAGCCGUCGCAGGCGCAACCCAAGCACCAAGUACGGCUGCGACAUUUCCGACGGCAGCCGCCGAGGUCAUACCAACACCCACUGUUGCGCGCCGCGAUGCCAUCGCAGAUGCAGCGGCCUCCUCGUCACGUAUCCCACCGUACCCACGCGUCGUCAAGAUCGAAGAGCGCCGCCUGCCUGACUCGCCACAGCCAUACUGCCAACGCAUGGUCCUGCUCGACAACGGCAGAAUAGCGCCGGCACCGAAUGGCAACGACCCGGCUGUCGCGCUGUGGCUGCAGGAGCAGGAUCCGACUUACGACGAGUACAACCUGGCUUCCGUGCAGAACAAGCGUGACGUCGAGCGCCGCGGUGACCCCUCGGAUUCGUGUCACUGCCAGUGGAUGUUCAAGUGAGGAGAAUGUGAUUAGCUGAAGUUUGUCGUGCGUUUGAGCGUUGUUAUGCAUCUACAUUGGGUCUGGCCAUCUACUUUGUGUUUUUCUUUUGCGUUUGCAUAUUUCAUGGGCGUUCCAGAAAGUUAUGGCGCUUCUACGUCGUGUCAUGAGCUUUUUUCCAAUUUUCUUCGGUCACAUUUACCGGGAAGGUUUUUUUCUUAGUAGUAUUCGCGACGGGCUAUUGCCGGCGUUCGCAACGAACAAGUAACUUGUAUAUAGUGGCUGGUAGCCGCUGACGUGGGCAUGAUAUUAGGCUCACUUGAGGGCUCGUUCAGAGUACACUCAGAUUAGUACAGAUAGAAGAAAGACAUUACUAUUCAAUCGUUGUCGGACUGUGUUU